CUCGAGCAAGCAGUCCAUCUCCGGCGGUCGGCCAGGGUGCGCAUGCAACACCGCCGAUAUCUGCGCGCGCGCCACUAAGUACACAAACUACGUUACAAAAAGAGUUGAACAUGAAGAAUGCAGAAAAAGUGAAUAUAAGCGCCAUCAGUGGGAGCGUCGUGUCUGUCAACCAAGACGGAAGGAUUCCGUCCGAGGGGUACGGCGUAUUUCAGUCGCGAGAGGCCAUCAUUCCACUAGAAAAGUCGCAACUGGAGCUUGAGAAUGCAGAGUCAAAACCGCACCAGGUCACCCAUCCCACGUCUUACCUGGACACGAUGCUGCACAUCUUCCGGGGAAACAUCGGGUCCGGGCUGCUGGCCAUGGGCGACGCCUACAAAAACGGAGGCAUCGUCUUCGCACCCAUCAUGACGGCUAUCCUAGGCGUCAUUUGCGUCCACGCCCAACAUCUGUUGCUCAAUUGCUCAGAAGAGAUGCAUCGCCAAACAAAAAGGGAGAAACCGCCAAACUUUUCGGAAACAGUGUCCCUGGUGUUCGAGAGCGGGCCCCCGCGGCUGCGGCCGCUGGCCGCCGCCAUGAAGGUGCUGGUGGACACCUUCCUCUGCGUCACGCAGCUUGGCUUCGGCUGUGUCUACAUCGUCUUCAUCGCUAAUAAUGUUAAAAUGAUCUGCGAGCAGUACGGCAUCCACAUGGAGUUGUCGGUGCACAUGAUCUUCGUGCUGGUGCCGGUGCUGGCCUCGUGCAUGGUGCGCAACCUCAAGUACCUGACGCCGUUCUCGACGGUGGCCAACGUGCUGAUGGCCCUGGGCGUGGGCGCGGUCAUCUACGAGGCCGCGCACGGCCUGCCCGACGUCAGCACCAGGGACUACAUCGCCUCGUGGCGACAGCUGCCUCUCUACUUCGGGACUGCCGUCUAUGCCUUCGAAGGAAUUGGUUUGGUACUCCCGCUAAAGAACGAGAUGCGGCGUCCGGAGCAGUUCCAGAAGCCCCUGGGCGUGCUGAACGUCAGCAUGGUGGUGGUUGGUGCCAUCUUCGUGACCGUAGGCUUCCUCGGCUAUCUCAAGUGGGGCGACGAAGUACAGGGCAGCCUCACGCUCAACAUGGCUCCUGGUCAUAUCCUGAGUACCGUCGUGCAAGGCUUGAUCGCCCUGGCCAUGCUGCUCACGUACCCGCUGCAGUUCUACGUGCCGGUGGCCAUCGCGUGGCCCGGCCUGCGCCGCAAGGUGGGCGCCGGCUCGCCGGUGGCCAAGGAGCUGGGGUUCCGGGCGGCGCUCGUGCUACUUACCUUCAUUCUUGCCGAGAGCAUACCCCAGCUGGGUCUGUUCAUCUCGCUGGUGGGCGCCAUCAGCAGCACGGCCCUGGCGCUCGUGUUUCCCCCGCUCAUUGAGAUAGUGAUGACCUCGCAGAAGCAAGGUGGAGUACCAUUCCACACGCUUGCCAAAGAUAUGUUUAUCAUUUUACUUGGACUCUUUAUAUUUAUAACUGGUACUUACGAAAGUAUAUCAUCCAUCGUGAAAGCUUUCGUAGCAAAAUGACAGCUGGACUCAUGACUUUUCUAAAAAAAUAUUUUAAGAUUAUUUCUUACAUGUGUAAAUUAUAACUAAGUUACGUAACAACCGUUUAUAACACUAAUUAAGCUCAAACUUUCAUACUUACUAAUCAAUUAGACUAGAAUUGUAUAUUUUAACAGAUUGACAAUCGGAAACGAGCCUUCGUUUAGCUGGAAUGACAAACAUUUUAUAAUCUUAUAGAUUGCCAUUAGAUGCCACUGAGCAACAAAUAUAAUGUUUAUCUAAUUAAAUAAUUGUACAUGUUAUAGUCAACUUUGUCGUGUCGAAUCAUUAGUCAUUCAUUAUUUUAAUUAUUAAUAAGACAAAGAAAUUCAGAAGUUGCACCUUCUACAUAAUUAAUCCGAAAGUAAGAAUGUUGCUUGAUAAUAUAUAUAUAUAUAUUGGUCAAAAUCACUACCAACGUUUCACCGAUGGUCUUAAUUUUAUCGAUAAAAACAGGCAUUUUAAAAGCAACCAAAUACAUAUUUGUGUGACAAAAUGAGAGCUGUACAUAAUUAAUUAACGAGUAACUAAUGUGACGUAACGUAACGUUUGUUCAACUAAAUUAUUCCUUAGAUCCUACCUCGCCUAUAGGUAACUUUCCUUCAAUCCUACAUAAUACACAUUCAGUACAUUUAGAAUAGAUAGUCAUUUAGAUACCUACAUCUGCAUUAGUAGUAUUUCAGAUAUUUUAUGUAAGACUAUUGAAAUAAAAUGUUAAAGUAUUUAAAUUAUACCUAAAGCAGACUAUGUCAUAGACUAUAGAGCAAGCAUGUAAUAGAAAAGAUAGAUUUUUAAUAAAAACACAUUAAGCGUCUAUCCGGGCAUUUAAAAAACAUGCCUACUUUGUAUCUGGGGCUCGCAUGCAUAAGUGCAUGCCACCUUACACAUGCGCACAUGAUUUAUGAUUAUGAUUACCUAUUACAGUGAGCGAUGAUUCGUCUACGUUGUAAAAAAGGUUUUGAUAGUUCUAUAGUAGGCUAAAUAAGAUAAAUUAAUAGUUGAUAGUUGAUUUAAUGAUCAUUAAAAACCAGGCAAGUGCGAGUCGGACUCGCGCACGAAGGGUUCCGUACCAUAAUGCAAAAAAUAACAAAAAAAAAGCAAAAAAAAAAACGGUCACCCAUCCAAGUACUGACCGCUCCCGACGUUGCUUAACUUUGGUCAAAAAUCACGUUUGUUGUAUGGGAGCCCUAUCUAAAUCUUUAUUUUAUUCUGUUUUUAGUAUUUGUUGUUAUAGCGGCAACAGAAAUACAUCAUCUGUGAAAAUUUCAACUGUCUAGCUAUCACGGUUCGUGAGAUACAGCCUGGUGACAGACGGACGGACGGACGGACAGCGAAGUCUUAGUAAUAGGGUCCCGUUUUACCCUUUGGAUACGGAACCCUAAAAAAGUAUAUUAUAUAUCUAUCUUCGAAUAUAAAUCGUUUCGGUCUGCGGCAUAAUUUAACAAGAGCAUCUGCCCCGGCAUGCUCGACUAAGCUCUACUUUCCACAUAGUCGUUUGCUCAGUCAUAUUAUAAGAAAUUAUGAUUGCGAACACAAUGGAAUUGAUUCAUUUAAUGCUCUGCAUAAUUUGAGCACGAAAGUUUUUUUAAUAUUUAUAAAAGUAGCAUCAUAAAAUUACAAUAUAGAUACCUAAUUACGUAAACGUAAGAUUAUAUUAUGUAACAUGCCAUUUUAUCUUGAAUGUUAGCACAGUGAAUAUAUUUAUACUCACUAUUCAUUUUAAAUUGAAAUUCUAAGGUCUGUUAUUUUUUUAACUAUGUUUUUUCUAGCCUUCUCUCAUAUUUAGUUUUAUUCUUCUUUUUAGGGAUCCGUACCUCAAAAGGAAAAAACAGAACCCUUAUAGGAUCACUCGUGCGUCUGUCUGUCUGUCCGUCUGUCACAGCCGAUUUUCUCCGGAACUAUACUGAACCAAUUAAGUAGAAAUUUGGUACACAUAUGUAAGUUUGUGACCCAAAUACGGACAUGUAACGUAAACAAAUGAAUUUUAAACAUGGCGCCACUUUUGGGCGGUAGAUGAGAAAAUUAAAAACUAAACUUACAUAUCGAAUGAAAGAGCUUAUUGUAAUGCUCUCAAAUAUAUUUUUUUUAUAAUUUUCGAAUAAACAGUUUAGAAGUAAUUCAAGAAAAAAUAGGCAAAAAAUGACCAUUCCCCCCUUUAUCUCCGAAACUACCGGCUCUAUAAUUUUGAAAAAAUCAUUUAAUAGGUAUACCUAUAGAUGACAGGAAAACCUAUUAGAAAUGUACAGCCAAGCGUGAGUCGGAUUUAAUUACUUAGUUUUUGAUCCGACCCCUACGGAUUUUUUAAAGAGAUUUCACUCACGUUUCACAUAAAAAAUACAUUGUUAAAAAUUGUGUAAUGUACGGAACCCUUGGAACAAGAGUCCGACUCGCAUUUAGCCGGUUUUUUAGGUACUUACUAGCGUUUGUCACGGCUUAUUGCCACGGUUCAUGGGAUCAUGGAGUCCACUUGGCAACGAAUCCCAAAAAUGUGUGUCACUACAUCUUUUCACGUUUUAUCGAUAUAUAGUUAUAAGAGCAAUAAUACCUAUGUAUCGAUAAGACGUAUAGCGUACUUACGUAGCCAACCCUUUGGUAUUUUACUCUCUAUUCUGAUGAUUGACCUGCCUAAUUACUUUGCUACAUUUCACUGUGCCUUAAAUAUAUUUAGCCUUCACUAAUUAGGUAAGUAGGUACAACAUAAGUAAAUAUUAUAAGUAACUAUUUCACAGGUACUUUAAAGCCUCACUGUUGCCAAUCUUGUUGGUAUGUGUAAACCAAUAUUUCCAAAGUAACUAUGAGUAAAAAUGCAAAUCAUUCGUUUAUUUACCGCAUUAACAUUAUAACUCGAAUGGAAUGAUAAUGUAUUAGGUAUAUUAAUAAUUCAAUAUAUUUUUUAUUGUAAUCAUACCUGAUACGAUGUAGCUUUAGUAACGAUAAGUCUGUGAUACAGUGAGAGUGAAACUAAUGUGAUCGAUUAUGAAAACUGUAUUUAUUAUUUUCUAAGACAUUAUGGGUAACAUUAUUAGCAGACAUCGUAAGUUUUAUAGCAUUUUCGGUGCAGCGGAGUGGUAUUAACGGAAUUGGUAUAAACAAUUUCAACCCUAAUGAUUAAUUAGCGUUAAUAACGUUAAUUAAUAACCUUAAUUUACCAUUUCAGUUGGAAUUAUCUACACCACUGCACCAAAAAUCCCAUGUCUGAUUAUUAGUCAUAAUCGCAAGUUUAUAACUGUAUUUUUUCAAUUGACUAAACAAUAAUGACACAAUAUGAAAUACAGAUUAUUCAUAUUUAUGAAGAAUUUAUUAUGUACCUACCUGAAUAAUAAAAUGGUGAGAAUCGGUA